AUGGCUCAAGAUGUUAAAGGAAGUUUUUUAGGUUCAAUUGGAGGAGAAAUGCAUACUUUAUUUUGGACGGUACUUAUUCUACUUCAUAGUCGUAAUUUGACAAUGUUCACAUCAAACCAUUUACCGAUUAACAAUAUUGAUGAAGAAACUAGAAUAUCAUCACAAGCAAUCUGUUUUCAUGCAGCUACAAUACUUUUGCAUUGGCUUGAUGUAUUGAUGAAUUCUGUAUCAGAUUUUUUUGAACAAUCAUGUACAGCAUUAUUUUCAAUAGCACCAGCUAUCAGAGUUUUAUCAUGGACAGCACAAAAAGGGGACGAAAAGGCUGCAAGUAUGGUGCAACGACUAAAAGAAAUCAAAAACCAAGUUAGGGAAAUUGCUAGGAGAAGGUUUGGUGGUGAGGGUAGAUUGGAUGGCGAGAUGACAUUGAAAAAUUUGUUGAUUAGUGCAAAAGAAGAGGAAACUAAAAAUGCACAACAGAUUAAAUCAGAAAAUGGCUUUACAUUGUUUGAAUUUGAUGAGCACGAUAAUUAUUUUUCUCAUACAACAACUAAUAACAAUGGCAAUAAAGGAAGAAAACAUAGUUAUAAUAGAAGAAAAAAUAAUAUACGGUUUCAAUAA